GCUAACAACUGGAGUAACUGACUAUUUUCCUUACAUUUCAACGUACUUUUACGUCUCUACUUACCAGUUUUUUUCUUUCUUUUCUUUUCUUUUUAUAGAAAAAACCUCCGUCUGCCCAUGUCCGAGUCUCAAAAGCCACGCAGUGGCCACACCGCAACUCGAGAGGUCCAUCCACAACUCAGCUCACUGCUGAGCCACUUAACUAAGCCGAUCAUGGACAGCUCAUGUGCUCACAUGCUUACUCUCACCAAACAACAACAACUGACCAGUGACCACAGAACCAUCACUCAACCAAAAUGGCGACCGAGUCAAAGAUGGAGUUUCACGACGAUUCUUAUGACCUUGUGGCUGUCGACGAGUUUGAUGCACUUUCCAUCGAGCUCAAGCCUGGCUCAUCUUCGACGCCUUCGACAGAGAGGGCAGCGACGAGCAAAGUCUCCGAAGACCCCAAUGGCAUGAUAUACAACCGCCGGCUCAACCAAAAAUGGCUGGAAGGUCUGGGCAAGUUUCCCGCAAAAACACACGCUCGAAAGGUUGCCAACGAGCUCGGGGCGAAGCAGGGCCUCAUCUACCUCCCCGGUCAGGAUGAGAAGUAUUACGAGGACUCAGAUAUGGGUCCCACGUUCCGUCAACGCAGAUACUUCUAUUACAUGGCUGGCGCCGAUUUCCAAGGGUGCGCCGUGACCUACGACAUACGCAAAGACCAUCUGGUUCUCUGGGUCCCACGCAUCGACCCCAAGACAGUGCUUUGGUUUGGGGGGGUGCCAACACCAGAGGAAUGCAAAGCCGCCUCGGACGUGGAUGACGUGCGCUACAUCGAAACCCUCAGUGAGACGCUGUGCCCUGCGCUCGAGCCGGGUGAAACAAUCUAUGUGCUGCACCGGGACCAGAUCCCCAAGCUUGAUCACCUCAUGGUAGUUGUCCGAGUCGACACUACCCACCUGAGGCUUGCCAUGGACGCGGCUCGCGUUAUCAAGACCGACCACGAGAUCGCCCUGAUCCGGCGGGCCAACGCCAUCUCCAGCGCCGCGCAUAAAGCCGUCCUGCACAGCAUCAAGCGCUUCACCAACGAGCGCGAGGUCGACUCCCUCUUCACAGGCUACUGCACCGCCCACGGCGCCCCCAUCCAGGCCUACCCGGUGAUCGCCGCCUCCGGCGCCAACGCCAGCACCCUGCACUACGCCGACAACAACCAACCCUUCAAGAACCGCCAACUCCUAAUCCUCGACGCCGGCGCCGAAUACCACUGCUACGCCAGCGACGUGACCCGCACCAUCCCCCUACGCACCUUCUCCCGUAACGCCGGCGCCAUCUACCGGCUGGUCGAGCGCAUGCAAGCAGAAUGCAUCGCCCAGAUCCGGCCGGGCGUGCGGUACCGCGCGCUGCACGCGCACGCCUGUGCCGUGGCUGUUGCCGGGUUGCUGCGGUUGGGCGUGUUGAGGGGGGGGAGCGAGGGGGAGAUUUUGGGGAGGGGCACGGUGGCGGCGUUCUUUCCGCACGGGUUGGGGCAUCAUGUUGGGUUGGAGGUGCAUGAUGUUUCGGGGAGGGAGAGGCUGUUGUUGGGGGGUGCUGCUGCUGCUGGGGGUGCUGGUGCGCGCGGUGGGAGGGUUGGUGGCAGGAUGGGGAUGAGGAUGAAGCGCGAGGGGAUGACGCCUGGGGUGGUCGCGGCGCUGUGGGCGGAUGAGAAUCGCCCGGAGGGGGCCAUGGCGGCGUCGUUGGGCGGGCCGGGGCAGAAGCUGGCCGAGGGGAUGGUUGUGACGGUUGAGCCGGGCAUUUACUUCUGCCGCGAGUACAUCGAGGGCUACUUCCUCAACGACCCGGACCACGCCAAGUAUAUCGAUGCGGAGGUUCUGGCGAAGUACUGGGACGUUGGUGGCGUGCGCAUCGAGGACGAUAUCCUGGUCACCAAGGACGGGUAUGAGAACCUGACGUGGGCGCCCAAAGGUGAUGAGAUGCUGAAGUGUAUGAACGAGCCGACUCCGCUCUAAUGUGAUGCUAGAUAGAAUAUGGGGACUGGGCGAUGGCGAGUUGGAUUUGAGAUGGUCGGAAGCAAAAACAUAAGAUGAAAUACAAAGAGCAUGCCCCAUUCGCCGGCUGGUAAAAGGAUGAGAUGGCUGCUGUGCUGAACGUCGGUCUGAAGUUUGACGUCUGAAAACGGCGCCGUGAGGAUAUCAAGUUGCAACCGUAACAGAGCUCAGGGAUAAACACUUGGGAUGAACGCUAGUCUAGCCGCCCGCAAUAUCUGAUCACCAAAGAAAACAUAGGUAUCAUAAGCUAAGUACGCUUUUAAUUCCUCCUAUGAAGCAACCACC